GUGGUGUGUGUUCGAUAGUUGCAUGAUUGAUAUAUAUUGAAUGUUUUUCAGUUCUUGUGGGAAAUCAGCAGAUGUUAUGCGAACAUUUGGCUACUGAUAGUUGGUUGUUCGGAUGAGAGAAGCUAUUGCGGAUUUCUUCUCUACUACAUCUUUGCAUAAGGUGUCAUGGCUCAGCAGCAGUCGUCUCGUCUUAAUCGCCUACUCACACUUCUCGACACUGGUUCAACCCAAUCAACGAGGUUUACUGCGGCUAGGCAGAUAGGGGAGAUUGCCAAAUCACAUCCCCAAGAAUUGAACCCUUUAUUGAGCAAAGUUAGCCAGUACCUACGUUCUAAGAACUGGGAUACAAGGGUGGCAGCAGCUCAAGCCAUUGGUGCUAUCGCCGCAAAUGUUAAGCAUACAACUUUGUCUGAACUAUGUAGUUGUGUUGAAUCCAAAAUUUUAGAGACUGGGAUACCUGGUCUUGCAGAAGAGGUAGUAGCAUGGUCUACAUCAGGUUCCAAGAUUCUAGCUGGCAUUUCAUUUAAAAGCUUUGACAUUAACAAGGUUUUGGACUUUGGCGCUUUAUUAGCUUCAGGGGGACAGGAAUACGAUGUUGGAAGUGAUAUAGGGAAGAAUCCCAGAGAGAGACUGGCUCGCCAGAAACAAAAUCUUAAACGGCGGUUAGGGUUGGAUGUGUGUGAGCAGUUCAUGGAUGUCAAUGAAAUGAUUAGGGAUGAAGACCUCAUUGUGAGCAAAAACUCAGACAUGAAUGGAGUUCCUCAUAGACACUUCACACAAUCUUCUGUCCAUAGAGUUCAACAGUUAGUGUCAAAUAUGGUACCGGCAUACAGAACUAGACGUCCUAGUGCCAGGGAACUGAAUCUCUUAAAACGGAAAGCAAAAAUAAAUUCAAGGGACCAAACAAAGAUUUGGAACAAAGAAGGUGAUUUGGACACAUCAAACUCUCAAGAGAUGGUGUCACCUAAAGGGUUUUGUUCAGAUUCUUCAAGCUCUAAUAAGAUGUUUGAGUCCAAUCCCGAUGAAGACCUUAUUGAUCACGAUGGAGAUGGAACAUGGCCUUUCCAUAAUUUUGUUGAACAACUGAUCAUUGACAUGUUCGAUCCUAUUUGGGAAGUACGCCACGGAAGUGUCAUGGCUUUAAGAGAAAUCUUAACCUAUCAAGGUGCCUGUUCGGGAGUGUUUAUGCCUGAAUUGAAUUUUGACGGUGAGAAAAAAGAUAACAAAGGUAUUUCUUUAUCAUUGAAGAGAGCAAGGGAUACUGAUCAUAAUAUUCAUGUUCCAACUGAUGAGAUGGAGUCAAACCUUAAGAGGCCCAAAGUUCUUGGUGUAUCAAGUCCAUCCGAGGAUUCAAAAGUGUCAUUUUCCACAGACGUAAACAGAUUGGAUGUAUCUGUGAAGGUAGAAGAUGGUUGUUGGAAAUCAUCUGAAGCUCUGGCUGAUGUUGAACUUAGUGUGUGUUCCAUAAAAACUGAGCCUCAGUCUUAUGUUGAUGAUCUGAAAACAGUUGAUAUGGCUGAAGCUAAGACCAUUACUCCCAGAGAUGGCGUUGCUAUUGGAAAUAUGGGUACAAUUGACAGUCUUCCUGAAAAUUGUGAACUGAUGAACUUGAUUAAAGUGGCUAGGCAUUCUUGGCUUAAAAAUUGUGAAUUUCUUCAAGACAGUGCUAUCCGCAUCUUAUGUGUGUUGAUUUUAGAUCGCUUUGGAGACUAUGUUUCUGAUCAGGUUGUUGCUCCUGUUCGUGAAACAUGUGCUCAAGCAUUAGGUGUUGUUCUCAAGUACAUGCAUCCUGCUUUGGUUCAUGAAACAUUGAAUAUCUUGCUGCAAAUGCAGCAUAGACCAGAAUGGGAAGUUCGUCAUGGGAGUCUCCUGGGCAUCAAAUAUUUGGUUGCUGUUCGGCAGGAGAUGCUUCAUAAUUUACUUGCCCAUGUCAUCCCUGCAUGCAAAGCAGGGCUGGAAGAUCCUGAUGAUGAUGUAAGAUCAGUUGCUGCAGAUGCUCUAAUACCUGCUGCUUCUGCAGUAGUUUCACUGAAGGGGCAUAUCUUGUACUCUAUCAUUAUGCUACUUUGGGAUAUAUUGCUUGACCUGGACGAUUUAAGCCCAUCAACUAGCAGUGUGAUGAAUUUGUUGGCAGAAAUUUAUUCUCAGGAUGAGAUGAUUCCUAGCUCCUCUAAAACUGAAGCAUUGGAAGGAAAAAAUGGUCUUGAUCUUAAUGAAAUGGUUCAUCCUGAAGAUAUUGAAGGAAUAGAUUCUCAGGAAAAUCCAUUUAUGUUAUCAAUGUUGGCACCACGGUUGUGGCCAUUCAUGAGGCAUAGUAUAACAUCAGUCCGUGCAUCUGCCAUUCGCACUCUGGAGCGGCUGCUUGAAGCUGGUUGCAAAAGGAAAAUUUCUGACUCAUCUACUUCCUGUUGGCCUUCUUUCAUCCUGGGUGACACCCUUAGGAUUGUAUUCCAAAACAUGCUUCUCGAAUCAAAACAGGAGAUACUGCAGUGUUCAGAGAGAGUUUGGAGGCUGCUUCUACAGUCAUCCAUGGAGGAUUUGGAAGGUGCUUCUAAAUUGUAUAUAUCUUCUUGGAUAGAACUGGCAAGUACCUCCUAUGGCUCAGCCCUGGAUGCAACAAAAAUGUUUUGGCCUUUGGCUCUUCCUCGCAGAAGUCACUUUAAAGCAGUAGCUAAGUUGAGAGCAGCAAAACUUGAAAACAAUUCAUGUAUAAAUGUUGGAUCAGAUUCAGCUAAAGGCUCUAAUUUUCUAGAGAAAAAUGUAGAUACCAGCACUGGCCCUGUCAAAAUAAUUGUAGGAGCUGACACAGAUAUGUCAGUUACAUGUACAAGAGCUGUUACGACUAUGGCAUUAGGGCUUUUGGCUGCUAGGUUACAUGAAAGUUGUCUACAGUGUCUUGUUGAUCCCCUGUGGAAGGCCUUGACAUCUUUCUCAGGAGUUCAACGACAGGUGGCUUCGAUGGUACUUAUUUCCUGGUUCAGAGAGCUGAAGAGUUCAAAUAGCUCAUUUCCAACUGGGUUAUCUAAUAAUUUUAAGAGUUGGUUGUUUGAUUUAUUGGCUUGCUCUGACCCUGCAUUUCCUACCAAGGGUUCACUCCUGCCAUAUUCUGAGCUUUCAAGGACAUAUUCUAAGAUGCGAAAUGAGGCCUCUCAGCUGUUUCACGCAGUUGAGUCUUCUGGUAUGUUUAAUGAGGUGUUGCCUGUUCCCUCAAUGGACCCAGAAGUUCUUAGUACAGAGGAUGCAAUGAGUUUUGCUGCAAAGCUUAAGGUUCCUCGCUUUGACACUUUGGAAGAAGAAUCUGUGGAACGGAAUAUUGGUGAUGAUAUAGAAUCUCUGAAACAGAGACUUGCGGCUACUGCAGGCUAUUUGAAAUGUGUUCAGGGUAACUUGCAUGUUGCUGUCUCUGCAUUGGUUGCUGCUUCCAUUGUUUGGAUGGCAGAUCUACCCUCAAAGUUGAAUCCAAUUAUAUUGCCUUUAAUGGCUUCCAUUAAGAGGGAACAGGAGGAGAUUCUACAGGACAAGGCUGCUGAGGCACUUGCAGAGCUUAUUUAUGAAUGUGUUGCACGCAAACCUGGACCAAACGACAAGCUGAUUAAGAAUAUUUUUAGUUUGACAUGGACAGAUCCUUGUGAGACACCUCAGGCUGGGGUCUUGAAAUCUAUGGAUGUUAUUGAGGACCAAGAUCUCCUAUCUUUUGGCAAUAGUUUUGGUAAACAGAAAUCUAAGGCACCUAUUCUUGCUUCUGGUGAGGACCGCUCGAGGGUUGAGGGAUUCAUUAGCAGACGUGGAUCUGAACUUGCAUUAAGGCAUUUAUGCAAGAAGUUUGGUGCUUCACUCUUUGAAAAGCUUCCUAAGGUUUGGGAUUGCAUCACUGAAACUUUGAAGCCUGUCAGAAUUGGGAGCGAGAAGCAAGUAGAUAUACAAAAUAUUGAGGCAGUUAUUCAAACUAUCAAUGAUCCCCAGAUCUUGAUAAACAAUAUACAGGUGGUGCGCUCCAUAGCCCCUCUUCUGGAUAAGACUUUGUGGCCAACCCUGCUUACACUCCUUCCCUGCAUCUUUAUAUGUGUUCGCCAUUUCCAUGUUGCUGUUAGACUUGCUGCUUCAAGGUGUAUUACAUCAAUGGCAAAAUCAAUGACCAUGGAUGUAAUGGGCGCUGUAAUUGAAAAUGUCAUUCCAAUGUUGGGCGACAUGACAUCUGUUUAUGCAAGACAAGGAGCUGGAAUGCUUGUAAGUUUACUUGUCAAGGGCUUGGGUGUGGUUCUGGUUCCAUAUGCGCCAUUGUUGGUUGUUCCACUUUUGCGAUGCAUGAGUGACUGUGAUCAAUGUGUCAGACAGAGUGUGACACAUAGUUUUGCUGCCCUUGUGCCUCUUCUUCCAUUGGCAAGGGGCAUUUCUCCACCUGUUGUCCUAAGUGAGGAUUUGUCUAGAAACAAAGAAGAUGCCGAAUUUCUGGAACAACUGGUGGACAAUUCACAUAUUGAAGAUUUUAAGCUUCCUAUUGACUUAAAAGUAGAACUCAGGAGGUAUCAACAGGAAGGUAUAAAUUGGUUAGCUUUCCUGAGACGUUUCAACCUUCAUGGCAUCCUUUGUGAUGAUAUGGGACUUGGUAAAACUCUUCAAGCCACAGCUAUAGUGGCAUCUGACAUUGCAGAACAUCGUGCUACAGAUAGCAAAAGCCGUCUCCUGCCCUCAUUAAUCAUUUGCCCAUCGACACUGGUUGGUCAUUGGGUCUAUGAGAUUGAGAAGUUCGUUGACCCUUCCUUGAUAACUACUAUACAAUAUGUUGGUUCUGCUCAGGAAAGAAUAUCCCUUCGCAGCGAAUUUAACAAUUUUGAUGUCACCAUCACGUCGUAUGAUGUUGUCCGAAAAGAUAUUGAGUUUCUUGAACAUCUAUUAUGGAAUUACUGUAUUCUAGAUGAAGGACAUAUUAUCAAGAAUUCUAAGUCAAAGGUCACAUGUGCUGUGAAACAGUUGAAAGCACAGCAUCGCCUGAUACUAAGUGGAACUCCGAUACAGAAUAACGUCUUGGAUUUGUGGUCUCUUUUUGACUUCCUGAUGCCAGGAUUUCUGGGCACUGAUAGACAGUUUCAAGCCGCUUAUGGGAAGCCAUUGGUAGCUGCGCGAGAUCCAAAGUGCUCUGCCAAGGAUGCUGAGGCUGGAGUACUUGCCAUGGAGGCUUUACACAAGCAGGUUAUGCCUUUUCUACUUCGCCGAACAAAAGACGAAGUUUUGUCUGAUCUUCCAGAGAAAAUUAUUCAGGACAGAUACUGUGACCUCAGUCCUGUUCAACUUAAACUAUAUGAGCAGUUCUCUGGUUCUCAUGUGAGGCAAGAGAUCUCCACCAUUGUAAAUUCUGGUGAUUCAGGUACAGAAGAAGUGAAGGCUUCAUCUGGUGCCUCAUCACAUGUUUUCCAGGCCCUUCAAUACCUACUUAAACUUUGUAGCCACCCAAUCCUGGUCUUGGGUGAAAAAAUUCCAGAUUCAGUCUCAGGACUUCUGUCUGAAUUACUACCACCUGGUUGUGAUAUUAUUCCGGAACUCCACAAACUGCGUCAUUCCCCUAAACUGGUUGCACUUCAGCAGAUUCUAGAAGAAUGUGGAAUAGGCAUUGAUUCUGUAAAUUCUGACAGUUCAGGUGGUGUGGGGCAACAUAGAGUUUUAAUAUUUGCCCAGCAUAAGGCCUUACUUGACAUUAUUGAAAGAGACCUCUUUCACACUUACAUGAAAAGUGUAACAUAUUUGCGACUGGAUGGAUCAGUUGAAUCAGAAAAACGUUUUGAUAUUGUUAAAACUUUCAAUUCAGAUCCUACCAUUGAUGUACUGCUACUUACUACUCAUGUUGGUGGCCUUGGCCUUAACCUUACUUCAGCUGACACGCUAGUUUUUAUGGAGCAUGACUGGAAUCCGAUGCGAGAUCAUCAGGCAAUGGACAGAGCACAUAGGUUAGGUCAACGUAAAGUGGUGAAUGUUCAUCGGCUGAUAAUGCGAGGAACUCUGGAGGAGAAAGUCAUGAGCCUUCAGAAGUUUAAAGUAUCAGUUGCUAAUGCUAUCAUAAAUGUGGAGAACUCUAGCAUGAAAACAAUGAACACAGACCAGUUACUUGAUCUUUUCACACCUGCUGAAAACAAAAAGGGGCCUGGUUCAUCAAGAGGUUCAGAUCGUGACGAUGGUGGUGAUUCACAAUUACUGGGCACUGGGAAAGGUAUGAAGUCCAUUCUGAGCGGUUUAGAAGAGCUCUGGGAUCAAUCACAAUACACUGAAGAAUACAGUCUGAACCAUUUCUUAGCCAAGCUAAAUGGUUAGAAUGAAGAGAGGAUGAAGGAAGGAGUCAUGUAUAAAAAUUUCCCAUUCUGCUGACAAACGCCAUCGGGUUUCCUUUUUUUUGUCAAAACCGAAGCAAACCUUGCCCUCGCCAAGCAUGGUGUGUACAGUGCACACAAAUAAUUUUUGUUUCCUCCACAGGCCGAGAUUUUGACUAUCAAGUAGCAAAAAAAGAGCAGUAAUUAGUAGUAGUCCCAUUAACUUUUGUUGCAUCUCUAUCUAAUUAAUUUCCUACAUUUAUUAGUAAUAUGUUUUAUGGAUUUUGACAAAUAUUGGUUGGCGCCAAUUAUAUAUUAAAAAACCAUAUUAUUAUUGUAAAUGUUGGGAUAGUGUAUAGACAUAUGUUCACCUUUUUUUAGUAAAGGAUAAUGCAUUUGCUGAA